AUGAAACAAGGUUCGCUCACAUCAUCAAGGUCAAAAAGUCACCCGUCUCCACACUAUCUCCCCAAGUGCUGGAGAGUUAUUCUACCUCCGCUGUCAUUUGAUGCACCGUCCCGCAAGAUCUUGCUGCACACAAUCAAAGAAACAUUAUACCACACCUACCAUGAAGCUGCACUUUCUGUGGGCCUCUUCAAUGACAUCAAUGAAGGAUACUUUGCGCUUGAAGAAGCUGUUGCCAAUCACCAGCUGCCUACUCAACUCUGCUUUCUCUUUGCACAAAUUAUCCUCGAAGGUUACCCUGCACUACCUUUAUGGAACCAUUUCCGCGGUGGUCUUGCUUUCAAUUACAUCAGUAAAAGUGGCUCUGAAUACAUCAGCACUGAUAGUGCAUUGCAACAAAUUGCAAGCUACCUCGAGGAUGGACACCACUCACUCAAAGACUUUGGUCUGCCAGAGCCUCAACACCAAAGUGCUGAAAUCAUCACUAAACUUGAAGCCUUCAGUGAUUGUGAAUCUGAAUUGGAACACAAAGCUUAG